AUGUUAGUAGAGUUGCUAAAAGGUCAAGCAUCAGCAGAGAAAAAUCUCAGAAAAUCAUUAAAGGAAGAUUUACAAGAAUCACUAGAGAAGAAUUCACAAGAAACAAGAGAAUCAUUAGAGAAGAGUUCACAAGAAACUGAAGCAUCGUUAGAGAGGAAUUCACAAGAAACCAAAGAAAGACUGGAGUCAUUUAAGGAAGAUUUACAAGAGAUAAAAACGUUACAAAUGAAAAUAGAAUAUAAUCUGAAGAAGGAAAUACAGGAGCUACAAGAACAGUGGAAAAUGGAUAUCAACGAAAGAGAGAAUAAGCUGCAGAAGAGCAUAGACCAAGUCCAGGGAAACGUGGAGAAGGUGGAAGGAAAAUUAACACAAAAAAUAGAAGACGAUAUCGAAGAAACGAAGGCCGAAUUGGGAGAAAGAAUCAACGAAGUGGAAACAAAGUGCAAUUAUCGAAUCGCCGAAGUGACGCAGAGGCAACAACAAUGCCACGAGGCGGUUAGGGGGAUAGAAGAUAAGCAAAACCGACUAACUGUUAAUCUGCAAAAUGCUGUAGCCAUGCAGCGAGAAGAUUACCAGAAGGGUGCAAUCAAAGAAAUUGUUAUGGAGGCAGCCCACUACCGGAGUCCAGGAUUAUUUUGA